UAACUAUUUUUAACCCAAGCAAACGAACUUCGACGUAAUUUGUAUCUCUAUUAUGGCGGACGUACCAACACCUGAUCAACCCUUAUCGACAGAUGCACCGACUGUUGUGCUCGAUUCAAAUCAAACCGAUGCAGAAAAUCAGCAAGCUGUUGCGCCUGAGGAGCAAAAUUUGGCUGAGGAAAGAGAGUUAAUGCCGGUUGAGCCGUCUUCUGCGACAAAAACAGAAGAGUAUUUACCCUCUCUUGAUCCAUCAACCAGUACAGAUGUUGUACCAGAAAACAUAGCAUCCACUGAUGUCAGAAUAGAAGGAGGAGAAACAAUGAAUGUGGCUGAACAUGAAACUUCCAACGACAUUGACAAAUCACCAAAUGAACAAAAUAUAAAUGAAACCAAUUCUGGCAGUAUUGAUAAUCAAGUCCCAGAACCUGACAUUACUCAAUCUUUAUACCCUUCGUUUGAAUCUAUGGAACAGAAUCAGAAAGAAGAACCGAUAAAUGAAUUGGUAAAUGCUAAUGAAAGUAAAACGAAAACUGCAGAAGGAAAUAAUGAUAGUAAUGCCGACUUUUUGGAAAAUAAUUCUACAGAAAAAGACAUUGUUGGAGAAAGAUUACACAAAGACGAACCAAUUGACACGCAAGCAGAACCAACCGAAAGCGUAACGAUAGACGUAAACGAACAAAUAGUCCAAGCACAUGUUGAAAAACCACCCGAAUACGUUGAACCACCAUCGGAAAAAGAAGAAACACCGGAAUCGAGCAAACAACAUUUAGCUGCAGAAAGUUCCGGGGACAACGCUGAUCAAGACACGGAGAUACAAGAACAACCUGCGUCAGAAUCGUCUCCCUCAGUUGCACAACAGGAACAGGAAACCGAACCUUCAGAAAGCAAUGAAAUAAGGAUACGAGUCGAUUAUGAAAUGAAGCCAUUGCAAGACUUGACGCGGGAAGAAAUGGAGAAAGUGAUGUUGAAAAAUAUUAAAAAGCGACGUCAAUGGGUGAUCGUUGCCACAUUACUUGGAGUUUGUGCUUUAGCUCUUGCUUGCACGACAGCUGUGCUUGCAUUCAAUUUGAGCGAACUGAAGGAUGCUUGUGGAGAUCCGAACAAUUUUUGAG